AUGACCGUGGAUGUCUUUGCUGCCUAUAACAUUAAAGCGUCUUAUCCUCCGUCCCUCUCCGUCACUCAGAUCUGGGAUCAGCCGCCAAACCUCUGCAUCAGCAAAGUGUCUUGGCAUCACUUCUCGUCCUUCCUUCGGUGUCCAUUCCGGCGUCAUGUGAAAGGGUACACGGUGGUCUCUCUCGCCCCAGACCCGACCCUCCUCCGUCGAGCUCACUCGUCAGUGCGACGUCCUCGCUCAGGUAGUCCCGGUGGGGUAGAGUCCCUGUCCCCGCUGUCCCCGGUUUAUCCUGCGCCCUUCGCCCUUCGGCGUGCGGCGGAGCGGAGGAUGAGCGAGCAAGGGAAGGGCUCGGCAUCCGCCUCUGCCGCGGCCCCGGCACCAGGGACGCAGGCAGAGAUGGCCCAUACGUGUCGUGGAACAAUCAACUUGGCCACGGCACACAUCGAUACAGAGGACGCCUGCAACAUCGUUCUGAGCAGCGGUGGCCGCACAUACCACCUAAAGGCUAGCACGGAAGUAGAGCGGCAGAGAUGGGUCACGGCACUGGAACUGGCCAAAGCGAAAGCCAUCCGCAUGAUGAACGAUCAGUCGGAUGAUUCGGGUGACGAGGAGCCUACAUCCCAGUCGGACCGCAGCGAGAUUCAGGGCACCCUGAAGAUACUUGUCAGCAAGCUCGAUGACCUCAGCACAUGUAAUGACCUGAUCGCCAAGCAUGGGGCGGCCCUGCAGCGUUCCCUGAGUGAACUCGAGGGUCUGAAAGUCCCAGUGGAGGGAGGGGAGAAGAUCAAGGCAGUCAAUGAGCGAGCCACCCUCUUCCGCAUCACUUCCAAUGCUAUGAUCAAUGCGUGUCGAGACUUCUUGGACCUAGCAGAGACUCACAGUAGGAGAUGGCAGCGGGCGCUGCAGUAUGAGCGAGAGCAGCGUACCCACCUAGAGGAGACCAUUGAGCAGCUAGCCAAGCAGCAUAACAGCCUGGAGCGAGCGUGGAGAGAAGCACCCACGCUUGUUUCCACCACACCCAGUGCCCCCACCACCAACAAGGCAGGGAGUGAGAGGCUGCACAAAGAAGAGGCGAGUGAUGAAGAUGAGGAUACUGAGUACUUUGAUGCCAUGGAGGAUUCCCCUGCAUUUAUCACAGUGACUGCCACUGAGAACACACAGCACAGGCGAUCCCAGAGUAAUUUGAGCGGAGCCAGCGGAGGUCAGCUCAAUGACUGGAACCAGGACGACCAUAUGUCUCCGAGCUGUAAUGAUGUGUCAGGGAAGGAGCUGCAGCCCCGCAGACAGAGGCGGACUCGUGUCCCAGAUAAGCCCAACUACUCCCUCAACUUGUGGAGCAUCAUGAAGAACUGCAUCGGCAAGGAGCUCUCCAAAAUUCCCAUGCCUGUAAACUUCAACGAGCCUUUGUCGAUGCUGCAGCGUCUCACAGAGGACCUGGAGUAUCAUGAGCUCCUGGACAAGGCGGCUCGCUGCGACUCCUCCCUGGAGCAGAUGUGCCUGGUCGCUGCCUUCUCUGUCUCAUCCUACUCCACCACGGUCCACCGGACAGCCAAGCCCUUCAACCCCCUUCUGGGCGAGACCUACGAGCUCGAUCGCCUGGAGGACUUUGGCUACCGCUCGCUGUGUGAGCAGGUGAGCCAUCAUCCCCCUGCAGCUGCACAUCAUGUGGUUUCCCAACGAGGCUGGACCCUGUGGCAGGAAAUCACCAUCGCCAGCAAGUUCCGUGGCAAAUACCUCUCCAUAAUGCCUCUGGGUGCCAUUCACCUGCAGUUCCACUCCAGCGGGAACCACUAUGUGUGGAGAAAGGUCACCUCCACAGUGCACAACAUCAUUGUGGGCAAGCUGUGGAUUGACCAGUCGGGGGACAUUGAGAUUGUGAAUCACAGGACCAAGGAGACCUGCCAGCUCAAGUUCUCUCCAUACAGUUAUUUCUCCAGGGAAGUUCCACGGAAGGUGACAGGUGUGGUGGCUGACAGUGGGGGCUCGGCUCACUACAUCCUCUCUGGUACGUGGGAUGAUAAAAUAGAGAGUGCCAAGAUUGUUCAAAGUAGCCGAGGGGGCAGUGGAUCAGAGGGAAAGCAGAAGACUGUGUAUCAGACGUUGCCCCCCAAACUGCUGUGGAAGAAAUACCCUCUACCGGAGAACGCUGAGAACAUGUACUACUUCUCCGCGCUGGCGCUGACCCUGAACGAGCAGGAGGAAGGAGUGGGACUGACUGACAGCCGCCUGAGACCCGACCAGAAGCUGAUGGAGGAAGGACGAUGGGAUGAGGCAAACUCAGAGAAGCAGAGGCUAGAGGAAAAACAAAGAGCCGUGAGGAGGAGGAGGGAAGCGGAGGCCUCAGACGCCCUGGAUGAUGGAAGAGAAUACGAAGGCUACCAGCCAUUGUGGUUUCACCAGAGGAGGGACUCAGUCACUGGAGAGACAAACUUUGUGUACAAGGGAGGUUACUGGGAGUCGAAGGAGAAACAGGACUGGAGCAUGUGUCCUGACAUCUUCUAACCCAGGAACUGACCCCGGAUCACUCGUAACCUCAUCAGACAGGGAACUGCUCUGCCUCUGGUCCUUAAGCGGUGGGGCGUAGCUGGCUUAUGAGCACCAUGUGGACCUUGUGUGAGCACGGGAAUGUGUAUGUUUGAACACACUCUCGGAUUACACUGUACCUCCAAAUGUGCACUCUCAUUCUGUUUUUACUGUGGGGGAAAAGAUGGGGCGCUCGCUGAGCAGGCCUCUUUCACUCUGUGCUCAAACAGCAGUGAGAUAAUGUGUGGAUGUUGGUGGGGAUGGAGUUGUAACACCACACAAUAAAGGCACCUGCUCACUCCUGAAAUCAGGUGCUCUCUAAAUCGUACUCACAAUGCACUUUUCUGUGUUCCCCCCAUUUAAGAGUUUUAGACAGAAACCCACAUCAAAGCAGCUCACGAGUACAGACUGACGACUGACAGGGACAAAGCCAGAAACAGGCACAUAGGAACAGAGCAGUGCUGAAGGUUAAAAGAAACGUGUCCUCAUCCUCCAUUUUAGUCAGCACAAAUGAGAAUAUGCUGGACCUGCUUUAUAAAUCUUAAAUUAGUUCCCUCAUUUCCUUCAAUCUAAUGAUUUCAAGUGCUCAUUAUUUGCCCCUUUUUAGGAAAGAGGCGAAAGACAAAAGACAUUCUGAAAAAAAUAUUUGUGGAAAUAACUACAGACAAAAUAGGUAAGAAGACUGUGACCAUGUCAGAUAAUCCAAAACAUGUUUUAUAUUCACCUGCUUAUUUUCACAAUCAUUUAUCGCAAGUCAGUUUUAUUUAAUUCCUGCAGUUUCAUUUCUAUUAAUGAUGCAUUAUUAUUUUAUUUCAUAAUGCCUUUUUUUUUAAAUCAAAAAGUAAUGCGGCACACAGGGCAGAGCCGGGUAUGUGAUUGGCUUCGAUCGAAAUGAGCUGACAGGCAAAAGCGGCCUUAUUAACUAAAAUGGGCUCUAGGAAGAAUGACAUUGUGAAAUAAAUGCACACUUUGGAUUUUUAAAAUAAAAACUGCUUUCAUUAAGUAAAACUGGACAAUGACAAUAAACUUGUCAUUGCGAAAAUAAGCAGGAUGAAAUAACAGUUCAUCAUAAUGAGCUGUAUAUUUUUAAAUAAUACUCCAGAAUAUUAGGAUUAUAUUUUGUCUGUUUUUAUUAAUAUGAUGGUUUACCACGCAGCAUUUAUCUAUUUCACUUUCAACACGUUACAGCUGCUAUUUGAUUGUUCAGAUCUCUUUCUUGUAUAGUAGAGGCUGGUUUGUCUGAACCGAUGAAAUAUGCAGCAGAGCAGGAUUAUAUUUGGUUUGAAUGUUUGCAGUUUCCCUCUUUAUACAUGAAAUGACGGUCUUUUAAGUAGUUAAUAGACUGUAGUUUAUGUAGAGACAAUAUGACAGCUUAUUCAUGUCAUAUUUUAAUAAGAAUUGUCUCUAUGCUUCAAUGCAUUUUAGCCAUCUUCCAUUUGUGAUUCUGAUUAGUAAAACUCUGCAGUAGUCAGUCCUUUACUGUAGGUGUAACACAUUAGUGCAACAUGAACAUCCAUAUCACUCUAAUAGGAACCUCCAUCAAAGAACUGAAUACGCACUUUUCACUGUGGUUGACUAUAGGUUAGUACAUAUCUCUGUGUUGAUGAUGAGAAAUUUUCACUCUGUUGUACUGGUGCUCUCCCAUAGCAACACAUAUCGUAUCCCUGGUGACCAUUUUCAGUGACAUCAUUCUCAGUGAUCAUACACAUUAUUAAGUCUGCAUCAAAUCACUAAGACAUCCAGGAACUUUCUGGUUUCUAUAGUGUGCACUAGCUCCACAGCCUCUCUCAGUCACUAGUUUGUAGCUAAGACGUUUCCAGUAGAACCAGUGAACGUGAGACUGGAGCGGUUUCUCUGAGGAGUCCAGAGUGGCUUCAGCUGACAGGAAGUUGUAGAGGCAGACAGGGCUGGUUCCUGUUGCACACCACUGUGCUGUCAGCUCCAGAGGACCCCCCCUCCUCACCCCCAAGCUGCCACUCCAGGCUCAGCACAGCUCACAUGUGUAGUCCUUUCAUUCAGUGUUUGUGGGCAUGCUGAUCUGGGAUCAGCCCACGAUGGUACCCUCAGUCUUUUGCCUUUAAUUGACUGAUCAAGGCAAAGAGUCCCCUGACCUGUGCACUACAUGUCUCCGGUGACAAGAGUUUUGAGCAACAGUUAGUAUUUUUUUGUAACUAUUGCUAGGAAUGUAGAAUUCAAGGCUGGAGGUAUUGUAUCUACCGUCUAGUCUAUUUGUGUGAAUAUUUUGUGAUAAACGAAUGAUAUUGUAAAAUGAAGAAUAAUUAUACUAAUCUGAGUUUUAAGUUAUCUGUACAGCAUAGUUCAAAUCUGAAAAAAAAUGAUUGAAUGAGCCUGAAGGACUUGCUGAUUGAUUGAUUCUGCAAAGAUGGAUGUUAAUUAUGGCACCCUCAAUUUGGCUGCAGAUUUCUUGUUUUAUAUUUCCAAACACUGUCUUAACACAUAUUUUUUUAAUAGAGUCCUUGAUACUAGCACAUUAGUUACUGUGGUUCAGUGAUUCAACACAUCUAACAGUUCCUCUGAUGUGCAGCCCAUAAAGAUGUAUAAAAUGCACUGGAAAAGAAAUAAAUUCACAUCGAGCGAAGGAGAUUUUCAGAAUCAUAACAUGAGCUCAUGAAGUGUAAAAUGGUGUGAGAUUGUUAAUCAGUGAAGUAUCGAUUUGAUAAUGAAAUUAACGAUGAUUGAUGUUACUGUUCUUGCACAAAGAUGCUUCUUCUACCCAUUUACAAUGUUUGAAUGCAUUUUUGAUUUGUGGUUGUCAUGAGCACAGUUUGAUCAAUCACUAAAAUUCUUGCUUAACCCUACAAUGCCUGACCCAAGAAAUAAUGGACAGAAAAUUCUUUUUUUUUUAAUUUGAAGACUUUAUU